AUGAAUGUUUUGGAAAAUUACAAUUCUAACCCCAACCCCUCUCCAGCUCAAAAGCGAUUCCAGGCUCCAGGUAUUGCGAGAAACACAGGGUAACAAUGGAAACGGCGGAGCUGCCCAAGACUAUCGUGCGCCGUGUGGUGAAGGAUAAGCUUUCCGAGUGCUCCAAAGGCGACGGCGACCUGAACGUCCACAAAGAAGCUCUCACCGCCUUCUCCGAGAGCGCCCGCAUCUUCAUCCACUACCUCUCCGCCACAGCCAACGACAUAUGCAAGGGAUCGAAGAGGCAGACGAUCAACGGCGACGACGUUUUGAAGGCGUUGGAGGACAUUGAGUUCCCUGAGUUCGUCGAGCCUCUCAAGGCCUCUCUUGAAGGGCUGAGGGAGAAGAAUGCUGGGAAGAAGGCAGGAACAUCAAAGGCAAAGGAAGAGAUAACAAAAGAGGCGAAAACAAAGGAAGUGAAAAAGAAGAGGAAAUUGGAAGAGCUGCCGCCCAAGGAAGAGGAAGAGGAAGAGGAAGAAGAGGAAGAAAACCAAGAUGGGGAUGGCGGCGAUGGCACUAGCGAAAGCUCGAGCAAAGAAUGAACAGUUUCUGCUAGUUUUGUAUUGCUUUUUCUUUCAGGCUGUAGUUCGGAGCUGAAUCGAAGUUCAUGUUUGUUAGAAUGGUUCCUGAACAAUUACUUGUUUGAGUCGCAAUGUGGCCACUCAAUUUUUCCCCUGUUUGCACCAUCAAAAAUCAUGCUUCAUUUUAAAAAUGCAA